UUUGCACCAGGUGAAGCAUCUCCAUAUCUGCAGCGUCGCAUUUCUGCACAUGGGUGAUAUGCUCCGUGUGCUCUUGUCCACGCCAGACUCGGAGCGCGCGUCCCUCGUCCUGUCGUGGUGCAGCGCGGAUAGCCAUUCCAUCCCGGCUGCGUCACUCGCCGAGUUCUCCGGGAGGGACAUUCGCCUCGGCAGGUUGGUUGUAGACGCAACUUCGUAUGUCGGGUUCUGCAUGGCCAUCUACCGAGGUAUUUUAGCCCGCACGCAACUGGUGGUCCUGGUCGACGAGCUCAAGCUUACCGCCGGGAACCGUCAAAGACGAUUCAUGCUGCACGAAACAGUCGCAUUUCUGAGCCGGACAUACGAAGAGGUGUUCCGCCGGCGAGUUGACCAUUCACUAAAUCCAGUCGCCUGGACUUUCGGGGAGACGUCGACGUCAUCUACGUUCAUUCGAAUCAAUGAGCUCCUCGUCGACUUCAGAGGUGAAGAAUUGCGGGACGCAAACUUUGCGCAUACCGUUGUUGACCUCUUCAACAUCGGCGUUCUGCGUGCCCAGCAUAUAUGCUUCGAUUUCGGGACGCCAGUCCGCAUUGGGACUGGACGUCCGAUAGCCAUCUGGACGAUGCACUCGCACAGCUUGCGCAGGAAAACUCGGACCUCGAAGUCGUUUUCCGUAUAGAGAUGGCUCGCGGCUGCGAUUCGAUGUCCGAGUGGAUUGGGGCUAUCUCAUCCUGCUUACCCAGGCUUCUGUGCAGUUGCGCACGAACGAGUCUAGUGUGCUCUGUGCAGACCUACACGGGGUUCCAAUACACGAUGGAGCAUUGCUGGUCACAGUCACAGCGGGCACAAUGACCUGCGGGCCGACGGCGGUCUGCAUACAUUUGCCACCUGAUCGCUAUGGUCUAGUGUGCCUACAUUCUUUCUUUUGAAGCACCUGGGGGCGGUGGUGUGCCACCGCCAUUACCUUUAUGCUCUUCCUAAUAAUGCUUACAUUGUACCCGGGUACAGGUUCGGAG